AUGGCAGGCAACAAGUUUGCAACCAUGCUGCAAAGAAACACCCACAAACUGACCGUAAUUCUAGUGUAUGCAGUUCUUGAAUGGAUCUUGAUCGUUCUCCUACUCCUCAACUCUUUGUUCACCUAUUUGAUAACCAAGUUUGCAAAAUAUUUUGGCCUUAAAAAGCCUUGCCCGUGGUGUUCCAGGAUUGAUCAUAUGUUGGAGCCUGGAGAAAACACGAACUCUCAUAAAGAUCUUGUAUGUGAGACUCAUGCAACUGAGAUUUCCAAACUGAGUUAUUGCUCAAAUCAUCAAAAACUGGCGGAAACGCAGAAUAUGUGCAUGGACUGCUUGGCUUCUCGGCCAAAUCACAGCGACCAGUCUGUUGGAAUGACAAGGAGGAUUGCUUUCUUUUCAUGGGUGAGCAAGGAUGCAGUUGAAAAUGGUGAAAAUAUUGUCAGGUACUGUUCUUGCUGCAGUGAGAGCUUAAACAGCAAUGUCUACCCUCCUUGUUUGCUGUUCAAGCCUUCCUGGGAUGCUUUGAAGUAUAGCAAGAAAGGAAAUUUGAUCGCAGAAGAGAUGGAUGAUGAAAAAACUGGAAUUGACUGGAAGGAAAUAAACAAACUUGAUUGCUUGGCCCAUUAUACUGACCAUGAAGACAGCAAUGAGGUCGAAGGGGAUGGUGGGGAAGACCAACAGGAAGACAAAGAGGCUGUAGAUGAGCAUCAAAUGCCAUCUGAUGUUGGGAGUUUUGGCCUCAAAGAUGCAGUGGAGGAAGACUAUUCGACGUUUGAAUCAAACUUGCAAUGUGAUGAAAAUGAAGCUAAUAUUAUGGAGAAUGACUUGUACGGUAUGAAUUCUAUCCAUCAAGAUUUUGAUGACAGUAUGAUUGAAUAUUGUUUUGCCAAGGACGAUUCUUUUGAAAUCAUCAAUCAGCAUUUGGAGAGAAAUCUUGGCUGUGACUCGAGUCGCUUAAUCCCUGUUGAAUUGAUUGAUUCAUCAACCACUGCAAACCGUGAAUCAUGCAAAUUAAAGGAAGAUCUUGCCAAGCACGUUCAUCAAAAUGGAACUUCUGAUUCUUCAUCACACAUUGAAGGGAAUAGCAAAGAAAAGACAAGUUAUGCAGAUGUUGAAAGCGUGGAUAUAGCAAUCGAUUGCUGUGAGAAAUCUUCAGUUUCAAAUCCCACAGAGAUGAAAAUCGAUUUGGAUGGCGAGGCACCUAAACAAGUUAUUUCUCUAGAUGAAGCUCAAACAUUAUCCCUUGGUGGAAACAAUGUGGACAUAGCAGUAACAGAAGAACCAGAUGAGCUUCCAGGUAUAGAAUAA